AUGUCGAUCACCGUGGAGGAGUACAAGGAAGUACUCAAUGCCGAGGUCUGGAUUGAGAUCAAUAAGCUCAGGGACUAUGCACGCCAUGGUAUCUCCAGAGAAGUGAGAGGGGAGGUCUGGAUUUAUUUGCUUGGCAUUCAAGAAGCUGAUAGGUCCAAGGAAGUCUCAACUCAGAAGCAAAAGCUUCUUGAUUACGAGCAAAUCGACAAGGAUCCUAAUGAGGUCACAAAGCGUGUCAGGGGUGAAAUCUCGAGAUAUCUCCGAAAGACUAAUAUCGAGUCUAGCCGUGACAUUCCUCGCCUCUUUGAAAAUGUCAUUAGUGCCUACUGCAACCACAACCAUCGUGUAGAGUAUUAUCCCGCCAUGGUCAAUCUCUGUGCACCAUUCAUCUAUUCUCUCAAGCGUGAAUGUGAUGCAUUCCUUUGUUUCGAAAAGAUGAUCAACACACUUGAUGACCAUUUCAGUAGUCGAAGCAUUAAUGAAUCAGUAGCGAGCUUUAUGACGCUGUUCAGGACUUGUAUCCCCGACUUGUACAGCUAUUUCGAGGAAGAAGAGGUCGACAUCAAGGAAUGGGCAGCAUCAGCGUUGCAAUUUGUCUUGUCUCGUGAGCUCUCACUAGAGAAUUUGAUGCGGUUAUGGGACACAUACUUUGCAAUGCCAGAUUGGAUGGAAUUCCACCCAUAUUUCUGUUUAGCUCUUCUAAGGCAUAUGAAAGAGAGUUUAGAAGAACUGGAACAGUCGGAAAUUAGAACUAUUCUCAUGCGGUUACCCUCAUUAGAAAUGGAUCAGAUUGUUAAUGAAGCGUUUAACAUUAGACAUGAGAUCCUCGAGAGACAGAUCUCUGAAGAGUUUUAA